AUGACUUCCAGAAGAAAUGGUCACAUGCUUCAGCCGGAGAAUCAAAGCUUGCAAGUACUUGCAGAAGUCAUGUUCGGCAUACUUCAGUUGGAAAAUCAGCGCUUGCAAGAGAUUGCGUCGGGUGUGGGUCAAAACCGACAAAUGAGCUCAUUACCUGCCUUAACGGAUGUGACUUUGAAUUCUUUGAUUUGCAACGGCAGGUUUCUUUAUUAUGGUGGAGCUGUAUCUUACAAACCUGUGGAAGAUCUUGCAUUUGUUAUGGCAAGAUUUUAUCAACUUGGUGGAACAUUUAUGAACUACUAUAUGUAUCCUGGAGGAACCAAUUUUGGUAGAACCACAUGUGGACCUUUUGUUGCUACUAGUUAUGACUAUGAUGCACCACUUGAUGAAUAUGGAAUCAUUAGACAGCUUAAGUGGGGACAUCUUAAAAAUUUGCAUAAUUUCAUAAAGCUUUGUGAAGAAGCAUUGAUUGCUACUGAUCCAGCAGUUACAUCUCUUGAUCCAAAUAUAGAAGUAUAUAUGAUUAUUUACAAAAUAGAUAAUGUGUGUGCUGCUUUCCUUGCUAACAUCAAUACUACAAUUGAUGUGAUUGUGAAUUUUAGCGGCAAUUUGUAUCAAUUGCCGACAUGGUCAGUGAACAUCUUACCAGACUACAAGAAUAUUGUGUUUAAUACUGCAAAGGAUGUGGUUACUGAGAAUAAAUUUGAGAAAAAAUUGUUUGCCAAUCAUUGCUUCAGCUUCAGCCUGCAGAGAAAUCUGCUACGCCGGACAUAUAGGCUAUGCACACUCUCUACAAUAACUUCUCAUGCAGUAGAGCUCCGCAUACUCUCGAAAACAACUUCUCAUGCAGCAAAGAAAUCUGCUACGCCGGAGAUAUAG